AUGGUCGCCUCGUUAGCAUUCAGUUUGAAAGAUCCUGGCCUCCUAGUUGAGGGCGCAUAUAUCGAUGGUCAAUGGAUAUCUUCCAAGUCAAAAAAGACAUUCGAGGUUCGAAACCCUGCAUCCGGCGAGGUUAUCGGAACAUGCCCCGAGUCGAAUCUAGAUGAUCUCAAUGAUGCGAUCAAGGCCUCUUCACGAGCGUUUUCCGUAUGGAGAGCGCUCUCUGGACGUCAGCGCGGACGCAUCUUACGACGUCUCUUCGACCUAAUUGUCGAGAACAAGGAAGAUAUUGGCAAGAUUAUCAUAGCUGAAAAUGGAAAGUCCCGUGGAGAUGCGGAGGGUGAAGCUUUAUUUUCAGCCAGCUUCUUCGAAUGGUUUGCUGAAGAGGCACCCCGAAUUUAUGGCGAUGUUGUUCCGCAUAGUACCCCAAACGGCCGAAUCCAGAUCCUUAAGCAACCGAUCGGCGUUUGCGGCCUCAUUACUCCUUGGAACUUCCCGAUGGCAAUGGGAGCUAGAAAAGUCGCCGCGGCGCUUGCUGCGGGAUGUACCGUCGUGCUAAAAUCGGACGGUUUAACGCCAUUUUCAUCAAACAUCUUAGCUGUGCUCGGAGAGCGUGCGGGUAUCCCCAAGGGAGUCUUCAACGUGGUGACAGCGCUUGAGAACACCCCGGCACUUGGCCUCGCUCUCUGCCAAUCAGAAACGGUGAAAAAGAUCUCGUUCACUGGGUCUACGAGAGUCGGCAAGCUAUUGAUGCAGCAAUCAAGCUCUACCCUUAAGAAGCUAAGUUUAGAGCUUGGAGGCAACGCUCCUUUCAUCGUAUUCGAAGACAGCGCUUUCAUCAGAUCAGUCAGAUUUCGGACUGAUUUGGUGGGAGCGCUGUUCGAAGAUGCAGAUAUCGAGGUAGCCGUGACAAGCGCCAUUGCAAGCAAGUUUAAGGUUACAGGCCAGACAUGCGUAUGCGCAAAUAGGAUAUACGUACAGGAGGGCAUUUACGAUAAGUUUAGCAAGCGGCUCGUAGAGGAGGUUAGGAAAUUCCGGGUCGGCGAUGGGUUCCAAGAUUCGGUUACCCACGGACCGCUAACGACCGGCGUGAGUAAAGUGGAGGAACAUGUGGGAGAUGCUGUCAGCAAGAAUGCGACCGUAUUGCUAGGUGGUAAGCGACUCCCUAAUCUUGGUACGAACUUUUUCGAACCGACAAUCUUGGGCGACGUGGACGAUUCUAUGAAGGUGAUGAACGAGGAAACGUUUGGGCCUCUUGCGGCUUUGACCAGGUUCAAGACGGAGGAUGAAGUGAUAAAAAGAGCUAAUAGUGUUGAUGUGGGGUUGGCCUCUUAUGUCAUUACAAAUGACCUAUCUAGGACUCAUCGAGUGACUGAGAAACUGGAAUUCGGCAUGGUCGCCAUCAACACGGGCGUCAUCUCGGAUCCUGCGGCACCAUUUGGUGGUGUGAAGCAUUCUGGCACCGGUCGCGAAGGCAGUAAAUACGGAUUAGAUGAUUAUCUGGUGCUCAAAACGGUCGUAGUUGGAAAUGUAAACACUGAGUAUAAGUUAUGA